AUGCCACCUGAGUAUCUUGUCUUUGUCGGGUUCCUCUCUGGACUUGGACUUGGUGAGGUCUUCAUCUCGCCAAGUCCUCGCUUGGCCUCUCAGCGCGCAAGCGGUUCUAUUGUCCGAAAGGACUUCAGGUCCUCUCGGCUGAUAGAACGUCUAUGCCCAAUUGAUGCCAUCCUCUCCUGUGUGAGAACUCGCAAAGACCCGGGCUUCCUGACCACUGGGAAUGAGCCCGUCAUGUCCCCGAGGCCUCAUAGCAUCUCUUGGGGGAACGUGGAUCUGAUGAAGCGCCCCCAGUUCUCGCAGCCACUCGGCAAACAAUAA